AUGGCGGCUAAGGUAACAGGCUGUAAGGCAGUGAAGCCACUUUUAUCUGCUAACUAUUGUGAGGCUCAUACACGGGUUGUUGGCUUGUACAAGGCUUAUUAUCGGUAUCUCCCCUAUUUAGUAAGACAGUUUGAUAUUCCUAAAUCUCAAGAAGAUUGUCGCUGGAAAUUGAGAGAGAAAUUUUAUAGACAUGCUUGCGUCACUGAUCUCCGGGUUAUUGAUAUGUUAGUCAUUAAGGGCUACAUGAAUUUAAAAGAGAUGACCGAGAAUUGGCAACAAAAAGGACAUGUUAUGCAUAACUGGGCUCCGACAGCUGAGCGUAAGCCAUGCGACUUUGUUGGAAAAUUUUUAUCAGGCAUUGAUUGA